AUGGACUUCGGCGACGUGGAUGCCGCGCCGAAUACCAGUGGCGAUGGACCAAGAGCUUAUUCGCCCCAGGAGGAGCGAGGAGAACCCAGCAAACGGCCAGGCUUCCGCACCGACUCUACACGGCAGGCCUCGAAAGGUGACACUGAUGUUCACGUGCAAUCUGGCAGCCACGUCGGCAAUCCCCCGAGUGAGGCCGGCGAGUCCUAUCAUGACCCUCCUACCUUUCCCAGAGUGGGCGCCACCGCGGAGGAAUUGGCAGGCAAACAGUGUGUCGAAACCGAUGAGCACAUGAAAGAGGACCCCGACACCUCCUUCCAGGUGACAGAUAAGGAAUCAAAGCCCCAUCGAAUGCACAAGUUCACGCUCUACGAAACGAAUACGAGAUACUGGAUUACAGGUGCAGACAUCACGGACAAGUACUUUCGGCUGCUCCGGAUUGAUCGUAAUUCGCCUCCCGGACAGAUAGUCCUGUUCGAAGAUGAGACCGUCUACGAUCGCAAGCAGAUGAACGAUGUCUUGAAUACCAUCGAUCAGGGUAACAAGGUCACCAAUGGACUGAGGAUGAAGUAUAGCUUCUGGGGGAUUCUCGGCUUCAUCAGGUUCACCGAGGCCCACUAUAUGCUCCUGAUCACCAAAAGGAGGCAGGCGGCCAUGAUUGGUGGUCACUACGUGUACCAGAUCGAAGGCACUGAACUCGUACCUCUCACGACUGGUGCAAGCAGUUCCUUCCUGCGGGACCGAAACGCCGAGGAAGGGCGGUUCUUGAGCAUCUUGAACAAUUUGGACCUCACCAAAUCCUUCUAUUACAGUUACUCAUACGACAUCACGCAUUCUUUGCAGCGGAAUGUCAUUCGGCAGCGAAACGCACUCAACGAGGGUCGCACAGCGGCGGCGCAUGAGUACAACGGAAUGUUUGUGUGGAAUCACCACCUGCUCAAGCCUGCAGUAGACGCGCUGAAGCAUCCAUACGACUGGUGUUUUCCGAUCAUACACGGCUUCUUGGAUCAAGCAGCUUUGGAUGUUUUCGGCCGCACAAUCUACGUCACGAUUAUCGGGCGACGCUCGCGCUUCUUUGCUGGUGCUCGUUUCUUGAAACGAGGUGUGAACGACUCGGGCUAUGUGGCAAACGACGUCGAGACAGAGCAGAUUGUGGCCGACAAGCUCACGACGUCCCUGCAUGCACCAGGACCAAGACUCUAUGCCAAUCCAACAUACACCUCCUACGUACAUCACAGGGGCAGCAUCCCGCUGUAUUGGACACAAGACAACAGCGGUGUCACACCGAAGCCUGGGAUCGACAUCAACCUGAGCGACCCGUUCUACUCGCCCGCCGCGCUUCACUUCGACAAUUUGUUCGAGCGCUAUGGCUGUCCCAUCUACAUCCUCAACCUGAUCAAAGCCCGUGAGAAGGUGCCACGAGAGUCGAAGCUUCUUUCGGAGUACCAAGACUGCAUCAACUACCUCAACCAGUCGCUACCCGAAGACAGCAAGAUCCUCUAUCGAGCCUAUGACAUGGCAAGAGCUGCCAAGACACGCAAUAGUGAUGUGAUAGGGGGGCUCGAGGUCAUCGCAAGAGACAUCCUUGCGCGUACCGGGUUCUUCCACACUGGAGAGCAGGGCUACGAAGAGCCCCAGGUACAGAACGGCAUUGCCAGGACAAAUUGUAUCGAUUGUCUUGAUCGAACUAACGCUGCGCAAUUCGUCAUCGGAAAGCAUGCGUUUGCUCAGCAAUUGAAGGUGCUUGGCGUCAUCAACACGGAUGAAGUUGCCUACGAUACCGACGCGAUCAACCUCUUCACCGCGAUGUUUCAUGACCAUGGCGACAACAUUGCGAUGCAGUACGGAGGCUCGCACCUGGUCAACACCAUGACUACGUAUCGCAAGUUGAGCCACUGGCACAGCUCAUCGAGAGACAUGGUGGAGAGCUUCAAGCGUUACUACCACAAUUCCUUCCUUGACAGUCAACGACAAGAAGCCUACAACUUGUUCCUUGGCAAUUACAUCUGGGCUCAAGGACAACCCAUGCUCUGGGACUUGCCGACCGAUUACUAUCUGCAUCAUAGCGAUCCCAAGGCAUGGUUGGAGAGGAACAGGCGGAACUACAUCUACUGGUACACGCCGGAGUUUCUCCAGCGACGAGUCAUACCACCGCGCCUGGCCCGCGAUCUGGACGAGCUGACAUCUGAAGGCGUUUGCGCUUUCGAUGACUACUGGAAAGAAUGCUACAGACCCGCAGCACUCUCAUCCCUGCAGAAAGUGUACUCAUACCGUAUGACCUCGACGCAACGCUACUAUCCUGAUAGACCGUAUGGGGACAACAAGUGGGACUUCAGUCCCUUUGUGCGCCGCGCGGAUCCGCACAGGCACCUGGAGUCGCCGGAAAAGACGAAACCACCGCGGAAAGGCGUUAAAAUCGUCGACCCUCAAGAUCCACCUGCGGAGGGGACACAGCGUCCCGAACGGGAGCCAAGGCCCAUGACUGCUGGAGAGGACAAGCCCAGCAUCUUGAGAGAGACAGUCUAUGGAAGGCUGCCACCGCAGACGCACGGCGCAUCGCGGCCACCAUCCGCAAGCUCACAGAAGACGUUCCGACCGGCCGACAAAGCACAGAUGCACCUGUGGACGCUCAACCAGUUCCACACACAAUCGCUCAAUCCGCACGUGUCGGAUGACGAAGCCAGCGAGUAUGCCCGCUACAUCACGCACCCACAGAACUUGCCGCUGGUGACAUCGAGCGAGCUCCCGUCGGAUGCCAACAUCGAUUACAUUGAGUAUGUGAACAAAGCCGGGGGGAGCAAUUUCGAAGACUUUGACAGCGAAGAGGCCAGUACGUUUGGCGGAGGGGUGGGAGAAGCGGACUUGCAGGACUACUGGGACUUUGUGGAGGAGAAAGUCGACCCGCUGACGGUGACGGAGGAAGAUGGGGGGAAGAAACGAUACAAGGCGUAUCGACAGUGGCUGCGGGGAAAGAGUCUCUUCAAGCAGAGUAAAGUUGAUCCGGAAUUCACGGCCGAGGGCGUCUAG